AACGCGUGUUAGUAGUUCAGUGUGGUUUUGGGAAACUUGCUUUACUUGCUAAAAAGUAUAAAGCGCGUUAUGUCAAAGCGAUAGACACGCGUACGAUUGCUCAGUUUUUUCGGCAUGUCGUUGACGAGUUAAAAGUCGAUAUUGUCGUUGAACAGACAUCCAUCAGUGAAGUCAAAGAGAAGUACGACAUUAUCAUCUGCGAUUGGAUGGGUAUCAAUUUGUACUACGACUCUUUGCUCAGUGAGAUGUUGAUAGCCAAAACAAAGCUGAAGAAGUGUGGAGAGAUUCUACCUUCUGGUGGGAAGUGUUACAUCUGUGGAGUGACUGAGAUCAAUUAUGUCGACGAACAAUAUGAGUUCUGGAAGGAUGUGUAUGGCUUCGACAUGUCGAUAAUGUUGAAAGGAGUUGUUUGCACCGCUUACAUCGAUAACAUCGAUGAGUCCAAAGUGAUCACAUCAAAGCAUCUUCUUUAUGGCGUCGAUUUAAAUGACUUCGAAGAGGAGAAUUUGACUCCACGCACAGUCAAAUUCUCUAUCACACUAAAGAGACAAAUGCCACUCGUCGGGUUUUGUACUUACUUCGACUGCGAUGUGAAGAACAAGAAGAUCUCAUCCGCACCGGGGAAGAAGACUACGUGGAAACAAUGCUGCUAUUUAUGCCCGUCACCCAUGAACGGGAAGAUCGAUGAUGUCAUAACGGGUCGAUUUAAAAUGCUUCGAAAGAAAGGUAGAUGGAUGGUCCAGAUUCAGUACGAGUGUAAAAAGAGGCAGUUUGAAGGGACAUUUCCUUAUGUGUUUUAG